CCUUCAGCACCAGCGCGCCCGCCCGUGCUCAGCUCCCGCCGGCCGCCCCUCUUCAGCUCGUCGCGGUCACCCCGGAGACAGACCGCGAGAACUCGCCGACCUGAAGUCGAUUUCAUGGCAGCCGCGAAGAAAGCAGUAUUGGGACCAUUGGUGGGCGCAGUGGACCAGGGUACCAGCUCGACACGUUUCUUGGUUUUCAAUUCAAAAACAGCUGAACUACUUAGUCAUCAUCAAGUGGAAAUAAAACAGGAAUUCCCAAGAGAAGGAUGGGUCGAACAAGAUCCGAAGGAAAUUCUCCAGUCUGUCUAUGAGUGCAUAGAGAAAACAUGUGAGAAACUUGGGCAGCUCAAUAUUGAUAUUUCCAACAUCAAAGCCAUUGGUGUCAGCAACCAAAGGGAAACCACAGUAGUGUGGGACAAGCUCACGGGAGAGCCUCUCUACAAUGCACUGGCUGCUCCAGUUUCUCCUGGCUCUUCAGUUCCAGUUGCCGUUGCCCCCUCUGGCUCUUCAGUUCCAGCUGCUGGUACUUCCUCAGUGUGGCUUGACCUAAGAACCCAGUCUACUGUUGAGAAUCUUAGUAAAAGAAUUCCAGGAAAUAAUAACUUUGUCAAGUCCAAGACAGGCCUUCCACUAAGCACUUACUUUAGUGCAGUGAAACUUCGUUGGCUCCUUGACAAUGUGAGAAAAGUUCAAAAGGCCGUUGAAGAAAAUAGAGCUCUUUUUGGGACCAUUGACUCAUGGCUUAUUUGGAGUUUGACAGGAGGAGUCAAUGGAGGUGUCCACUGUACAGAUGUAACAAAUGCAAGUAGGACGAUGCUUUUCAACAUUCAUUCUUUGGAAUGGGAUAAAGAGCUCUGCGAAUUUUUUGAAAUUCCGAUGGAAAUUCUUCCCAAUGUCCGGAGUUCUUCGGAAAUUUAUGGCCUAAUGAAAAUCUCUCAUAGCCUGAAAGCUGGGGCCUUGGAAGGUGUGCCUAUAUCUGGGUGUCUGGGGGAUCAGUCUGCUGCUUUGGUGGGACAAAUGUGCUUCCAAGAUGGACAAGCUAAGAACACGUAUGGAACAGGGUGUUUCUUACUAUGCAACACAGGCCAUAAGUGUGUAUUUUCUGAGCAUGGCCUUCUAACUACAGUGGCUUACAAACUUGGUAGAGACAAACCAGUAUAUUAUGCAUUGGAAGGUUCUGUAGCUAUAGCUGGUGCUGUAAUCCGCUGGUUACGAGACAAUCUUGGAAUUAUUAAAUCCUCAGAAGAAAUUGAAAAACUUGCUAAAGAAGUAGGGACUUCUUAUGGCUGCUACUUUGUCCCAGCAUUUUCAGGGCUAUAUGCACCUUACUGGGAACCCAGUGCUAGAGGGAUCAUCUGUGGACUCACUCAGUUCACCAAUAAAUGCCAUAUCGCUUUUGCUGCACUAGAAGCUGUUUGUUUCCAAACCCGAGAGAUUUUGGAUGCCAUGAACCGCGACUGUGGAAUUCCACUCAGUCAUUUGCAGGUAGAUGGAGGAAUGACCAGCAACAAAAUUCUUAUGCAGCUACAAGCAGACAUUCUGUAUAUUCCAGUGGUGAAGCCCUCUAUGCCUGAAACAACUGCUCUUGGAGCUGCCAUGGCAGCUGGGGCUGCAGAAGGGGUUGGUGUUUGGAGUCUUGAGCCCGAGGAUUUGUCAGCCGUCACCAUGGAGCGAUUUGAACCUCAGAUCAACGCUGAGGAAAGUGAAAUUCGUUACUCCACCUGGAAGAAAGCGGUGAUGAAGUCAAUUGGUUGGGUUACAACUCAAUCUCCGGAAAGUGGUGACCCUAGUAUCUUCUGUAGUCUGCCCUUGGGCUUUUUUAUAGUGAGUAGCAUGGUAAUGUUUAUCGGAGCAAGGUACAUCUCAGGUAUCCCAUAAGCAGUACCACCUCAUGGAUUCCCAAGAUGCAAGCUUUUUAUAUAAUGAGAGAAUGCAGCAAUCCUGUUUCAUAAUGUGAUGACACUAUUCAAAGACUCUGAUUUUUAUGCAUAAGUCACUUGCUGUAUGAUCCUCCAAAGUAGACCUGUGGUUUGAAAUAAAGGAAAUGCAGCAGAAAGAAUGCUCCAGAAACAUUUAGUGUGUGCUUCUAAAAAUAUCAACAAUUAAAGUUGGGCCAGUCACCUUUGGGGCUGACCCCCUCCAUUGUCAUAAUGUCCUACCCCAUUCCCUAUAAGAUCUAGGAUGGAUCCAUAUCUUCUCCAUUGGAAUCUGUCAGGAAAUAUAUUCAGGUGCUAAUGGACCAAGAUUUGAUUUGAUUUGAUUCUCUGCACUACACAUGUCUGAUGAUGGGGUUAUUAGUAACCUGCUAAGUACGUGACUUCCUUUUCUUUGUUUUUAACAGACCCUAAAUAUCUUAUUUUCUACAUAUAUAAAGACCAUGGCAUCUUUAUGGCAUCUUCAUUGCAAACUCAAAUGGAAAUUUGUAUAUUUCUUAGAUGUAAUUAAUCACAUUAGAUGAUGAUUUGCUAUUCUCAUAACUUGGACAUUUUCCUGAAAAGUUUUGGGCAAGCUGAACUUCCUCAGAUAUUUUAAUAUCUCUAAUUAUGACUUUUGUCUGGAUCUUAUAGGGAAGGAUACUCUUUCUUUUUUUAUCUCUCAUUUUUAUAUUUUUUAUUUUGUAUGUAUAACAUACAUGCCUAUAUAUUUUAUAUACUGAGCAUAGCCCAUUUAUAAAUUAAGAAUGCAUUGUAUUCAGUGGGUUAUAAUAGGGCUGGUCUUAAGUGGACUACUACAUAUAUAUAUGCAUAUGUAUAUAAAUAUGUAUACAUAUUUGGGCAAUGGUUAUGCAUAUAAUUUACCAGGAUGAAUUUUUUUUCUUAAAGAGUUAACAUUUAAAAUUAAAGUAUAAAACGUUAAAAAACAAAAAAAUUAAAGUAUAUGUUCUAUGUCAAUAAAAUGUACUUUAUUAUGACUUCAACUAUAUUUCUUAUACUCUACUUUUCAAAUUUAAUUGUCUUAGCUGAAGACAUGCUUUACAAAAAAAAAAAAAACAACUUUAGCAUAGUAUGGCAGAUGUUGCUCUUAAACACAAAUACUAGUCCAAAUGAAAUUAUUUUUCCUCUUAGUUACUUUUUUACAUAGUUUAAGUCCUUUUAUGGAAUUGAGAAAAUGUCAAAAAAUAAAAGGGGAAAAUGUAUGACUAAAGCUACAAAUGUCUUAAAUGUUACUAAUUGUUAAUAAGUUAUUAUUUUUGACUGAGAUUAUAGAGAAUUAUCCCUGUCUAGAUGUUAUGUUACAUCUGAUAAAAAAGUAUCAUUUUAAGUGUUAAAUAUUUAGUAUUAUGUUAAUAAGAACUCACUAAUCUAGCCUCCCAACACCAAUUUUUAAAGUACCUUAAACUCAAUUUUUUUGCAGUAAUCAAAGAUGUAUCACUUCCUAAUUUUUGCCUUCUGGCAUUGCUAGAUGGAAAAAACUAUAUGCUAAUGGAAAAAGUUGUGUUUGGAAUAAUGGUAGUUUAAAUAUUCUGUUCUGAUUGCUGUUUCUAAAUUAUUAAGUCUCUUGGUUUUAUUGAUGCAGUUGCCACUUAGGUGACAUCAAUAUAGGAAAAUACUGUGAACUACUUUGUAGCAGGGAUACUUUUAAACAUAGUUAUGCUUCUACAAAGGUAGGUUGAGUUGAUUGUAAAUAAUUGUGCAAAUCACUGUCCAGAUAAUGUUACGAUUACAUUAAUUUUUCUAUGCCACUCAAGGUUUAUAAGUGUUUGAAAUUGUAUGCAUUGAUAAUUAAUGAUAAAUUUACUUAAAAUAAAUUGACCUUUAUUUCUGA